UAGGUGGUUAAACAAACUCGGCAUGGCCGCUCAACAUGGUUAUAAAGUAAUUAUCAGGCAAUCAAUGUUUCAAGGAGAAUAUUCGUUGGUUGGUAAAGACUUGGAACCAAAUCCUGAUUUUUGGCUUUCACUCCUCUAUAAAAGAUUAUUUGGCACCAAAGUCCUAGCAGUACACCGUGCUUACUAUCUUCCAGAAAUGGUGAGAAUCUUUGCCCAUUGUACCAACAGGAAAGCUGGGUACACGCAAGGCGCCAUAUCGUUUAUGGCUAUAAAUUUACAUCCGAAAAGACGAGCGGAGAUAACGUUUUCGGAGAGCCUUCAAGGACUUGGUUUAGAAGAAUAUCUUUUCACUCCAGAGGAAUCCAUAACCUCCAGAAAGAUAAGACUUAAUGGCAAGUUGCUUGAGAUGGGUGUCGACUCGUCAUUUCCAGUCUUCCAACCGAAUCCAGUUCCGCCAGGCGAUCCCCUGAUCCUUCCACCCCUGACGUAUGCUUUCUACGUUGUUCCUGAAGCUAAUGCAUUGGCGUGCUUGGAGCCAUGAUGGAAGGAUAUCUGACAACCUAGAAAUUUUAAACAUUUUAAAACUCUUUGGUUUUGUGACAAUUUUCAGCCUACGAAAGCUGAGCUUGAUUACAGACGUCGCUCAAAUCCCGUGGAAAUGGAUUAUGGAAGACGAGCGAUACACUGUAAGAAAUACAGCAUGGAAGAGAGACAAAUAAAUUCAGGAAUUACUAAAAGAAAAAAGAAACGACAAAAAAAAAAAUUCCUCUUCUUGUUGUUGUGGUCUUUUCGGGUGAUCUUGCUUGUUGUAUGAGGGGGUUAAAAAAAUGGUUCGCACAAUCACAGGCUAGAGGCUGGUUUCUUCCUUUCAGGUUUCAUCUUUUGUGGUUAAGUCUUCUUUAAUCAAAUUGUUCUAUGAGCAAAACUCGUGAAUACAAACGGUGAAUGAAAUUAUGUUCGGAGCUCCUGACUAUGGGCUCCUGAUUA